AUGCUUCAGCGUAAUCCAGAUCCCGACUGGUGGCGUCAAGCUAUCAUCUAUCAAAUCUACCCCAGAUCAUUCUGCGACUCCAAUGGAGAUGGAAUUGGUGAUCUGAAAGGGAUAACUUCCAAAGUCCCCUAUCUGGCUUCGUUGGGUAUAGAUGCAGUCUGGUUGAGUCCUUUCUACCCCUCGGGAUUGAAAGAUGGUGGAUACGAUGUAUCAGACUAUCGCGAUGUAGACCCAAGAAUAGGUACAUUGGAAGAUUUUGAUGAACUGGUAUCAGCUCUGGCGGAAGUGGAUAUCAAGAUCAUGGUAGACAUUGUACCCAAUCAUUCGAGUGAUGAACAUGUCUGGUUCCAGGAUGCUCUGAAAGCUGGAAAAGAAUCAAAAGAGAGAGAAAGGUAUAUCUUUAGAGAUGGCUUGGGACCGAACAAAGAUAUUCCACCUACAGAUUGGCAGUGCGCUUUCGGUGGUCCAUCAUGGUCACCUUCAGGAUGUAAUGACGGCCAAUGGUACUAUCACAUGUUUGAUUCUUCCCAGCCAGAUUGGAAUUGGGAUAACCCCGAGGUUCACGAGGAUUUCUUGACGACAUUGAGAUUCUGGGCAGAUAGGGGUGUGUCUGGAUUCAGGAUAGAUGUCGCUCAUGCGUUGGUCAAAGACUUUAAUGGGGAUUUACCAAAUUGGGAAGAGAUGAAUAGGAUAAGAGAGAAAAAGUUGAGGAAUGGAAAUAAACAUAUUACUCAUCCGUAUAUGGACAGAGACGAAGUACAGGAAGUGUAUAAGGAGUGGAGAAAGGUAUUUGAAGAGUAUAAUCCACCUCUUUUUGCCGUGGCAGAAUGCUGGGUAGCACCUGAUCGUAAACCGCUCUACGCUUCUUCUGAAGGUCUCGGACAGGCUUUCUCCUUCGAUAUCAUGUUAUGUAAUUACAAUGCCAAAGAAUAUCGAGAUUGUAUCGUCCAGUCGCUCAAGGAUUCUGAAGAAGCUGGAAGUAGCACCACUUGGGUCUUAUCCAACCACGAUGAACUUCGUCAUGUCACACGAUACGGUCUACCCGAUGUCCCCAAUGCGGGAUAUCCAGAGUUUGACGAUGCUUUCAAUGAGUACAAGCGAUCCAGAUUCACCAACCCUCCCGUUGACGUAGCAACUGGCUUGAGAAGGGCAAGAGCAGCUACUUUGAUGGUUCUGGGAUUGCCUGGAUCAACAUACGUCUACCAAGGCGAGGAAUUGGGUUUACCUGAAGUGAUCGAAAUACCCGAUGAUCAGAGACAAGAUCCUCAUUUCCAUCGAACCAAAGGUGGAUGUCUUGGUCGAGAUGGAUGUCGAGUCCCUCUACCUUGGAAUUCAUCCGCUAAGAAUCUAGGUUUCGGAUCGGGCAAAUUACCUCAUCUACCUCAACCAGCGUGGAUGAAAGAGUAUUCAGCGGAUUUGCAAGAACACGAAAGUGAUAGUACAUUGAAUUUCUAUAGAAAAGCAUUAGAUAUUAGAAAGGAAUUACAAUGCGCCGAAGAGCUCGAAUGGGUCGAUAAUGAGGGAUACGAUGAAAACGUGCUGCAUUUCUCAAGACCUGGUGGAUGGGAGAUUAUCAUGAAUGCUGGCAAGAAAGCGGUUUCCUUGCCUAAAGGGCGACAAAUUAUCGUCAGUUCAGGUGAGAUCAAGCAGGGCAUGUUGGAUGGUGAAACUACUGCUUGGUUGUUGGUAGAGUAG